GUCGCGACAAGAUGAGGGUGUGAGGGUCUGCACUGCAUGCGCGCGCACUCCACGCUCAGUGUACGCUCAGUCAGUCGAUCAUCAGCGUCGCGCGCCGUCACUGAGUCAAAUAAUUCUUUAUACCUAUUCCCGCAACAGGCGCGCGGCACGCGUUCCAAAUUAUACCAUAUCAUAUUUUUUAAUUAGCAGUCUUCCACUCUCGUUCGCCGAAGAACGAAUUCGAAGACACCGAACCCGAAGUGACUCUGUGACCGUGAUCAGCUGAUUCUGUUCUGGUGUUAAAUAGUGCAAAUAUUUGAUAAAUGGUUUGAUAAACCGAAGCUUUGAUGGGACAGGUAACUGAAGAAGAAAUAGAUCGAAUAGCGAGUAAUGCUCAAUAGAUAAAUUACUUCGGAACAUCAAACGAUCCUAACAAAAUGUCAACAGAAACCCAAGAAUAUAUGAAUGGCAUGAGGCCUGGACCACUAACCAGAGAGAUACCAGAAUGCAUGAGAGAUAAGUACACUGUGAUACAAACAGUUUUCGAUGUUCUUGCAUUUUUAAUGGUCGCGAUUGGUUAUGUGAUACAAGGAAUAUAUAGGUCAAUUAUUGGAAUUCCAAAGAAGGAUCUCAGAGGUAGCAUAGCCCUUGUGACCGGCGGCGGAGGAGGUCUAGGGAGUCUGAUAGCCUUGAGACUGGCAAGGCUUGGCUGUAUUGUUGUUUUAUGGGACAUAAAUAAACAAGGGCUUGACGAUACAGUGAAGUUGGUCAAAGGAGUAGGAGGCAAAUGCUUCGGCUACAUCGUGGAUCUCACUAAACGGGACGACAUCUAUCGAGUCGCCAAACAAGUCGACCAAGAUGUUGGUAAAGUGUCCCUUCUUAUAAACAAUGCUGGGGUGGUGUCUGGGCAAUAUCUGCUGGACACUCCGGACCAUCUCAUACAGAGGACCUUUGAUGUCAACAUCUUAGCACAUUUUUGGACAGUGAAAGCAUUCUUGCCAGCAAUGAUCGAGGAGAACGAGGGGCACAUAGUUACUAUAGCGUCCAUGGCCGGCCACGUUGGAGUCGCCAAGUUGGUGGACUAUUGCUCAUCAAAAUCUGCGGCUUGCGGCUUCGAUGAAGCCUUAAGACUGGAGUUAGAAGUCAAAGGAGUCAAGGGCGUUCACACGUCGCUAAUAUGCCCGUACUUUAUACGUGCAACUGGAAUGUUUGAAGAGGUUAACUCAAGGUUCGUGCCCACGCUGAGCUCGAACGAGGUGGCGGACCGCGUGGUGCUGGCGAUACGCACCAACGAACCCGUCGCCGUCAUGCCUGCCUAUUUCCGACUAUUGCUGCCGUUCAAAUGGAUAGUUCCAUGGCCCUGCAUAUCUGAACUGAUACGUGGCUUAGUACCUGAUGCGGUUCCCCAGCCAAUCCAUCGACCGCACCGCGUCGCAUUGAAUAAAGACGACGUCCGCGAUUUGGUGAAAAAUGAUUCCCGACCAAUGACCGUAGUACCUCCAGCAAGACACGAAAGACAAGUUUGACCGCGCCUGUAUCAUACCUCUUUACUUCUAAAGAUAGGGCAAUUGUGAGGUGUUAAAUAAAGAUGUUAUAGUUCGGGGUAAGACAAGGGUUAUUAAGGUUUAACGUAGAGUACACUGGCAGGUACUCGUUUAUGGAUAUUACACUAGGAAUAUACGAACGAUUAGUACGGACUAGUUCUAAAUGCCGGCGCAGUGCCGCGCUGCAAGCGUAUCACGACGAGCCUCAAUCGGACGAUUAUAGCAGGGUUGGCAGCAUUGUUUGGCAAAAAAUGUUAAUUUUUAAAAUGUUUGUUUAUCAAACAUUGAGAAAAUUAUCAUUUUUUCAUUUUUUUACUUUAAAAAAAGUUGUAAUCAGUUUUAAACGUGUUUUAAACAAAAGUUUUUUGUUUAAAAAAAAAGUGUUUUUCCUAACCCUAGGCAAUAGCCGUGUGAUGAUUAAGCAUGUAGUAUAAAUUGUUAUAAAUUUUAUAAUGCAUUGAAAAUAAAAAUGGGAAUAGGGAAGAUGAUCAAAGAAAGUUUAAGAACUUUUCGCAAGAGUAUUAGAUUAAUAUUUCGCGAAUAAGUGAAGGAAACAAAGUGAUUCAAUGAUUGGCUUUUGUCAUACAAUGAGAAGUGGCAAUAAGUGUGUAUUGUGUAAUGUGUAAGCAUAUUUUCAAGGACCAUUUGACGUUGCCUUAAUCACAAUGCCUUAAUAAAUAUAAUUAGAUAAUAAUGAAUUCUGAAUAAUAAUAUGUUACGAUAUUUUGGCUAGGUACUUAUGUAUAUCUAAGUAUUCCUACCAACCAAAAUAUUUGUUUCUUGAUGAGCUAAAAUUACGUGGCAAACAAAAUGAAUGUUAAUAGAUAAUACGGCUACUACUGGUGGUGGUAUAAAUUCUAUAUACUUUUUUAGUGAGAAAAGAUUGUUGCAAUGCAAUUUAGUUUAUUAAGUUACGUCGAUUAGCUAUAAUUUAAUAUUGUUUAUACUGUAUAUAAAUCGAAAAUUUCAAUAAAACCUAUUAUGUUUUAGACUACCUCUAUACCUACACCACAACUUUUUUACUACCAUUAAAAAUGUAAGGGUGAAUAAAAGUAAAGUUUAUUUGUUUUAAAUGUGCAACCGAUAUUUUUUUAUUUGAAUUUAUUGAAUUUUGUUUUGUUUUUAAAAUUAUGCAAGUAGAUACUAUAAAUGUGUGGACACACUAAUAGGUACCUAUACUUGCCUAUCGCGUUACGAAUAACGAAACGUUAUGUCAUCCCCGCGCGUUCCAUGUACGCUAACAAUAUUUUGAUCAAUUAUAUUGCUUGCUAUUUUUUAUGGAUAUCUUGGACACUCCAUUUAAAUUUUGUAACGUGUUAAGUAUCAAAUUCAGAAAAAAAGAUCUGCUUUUUAAUGAUAAUUAAAAGUCAAUGGUGUAUAUAAAACUACACGUUUACUAUUUAUACACCGCCGCAUUUUAGUUGUCCUGUUGUCCAACACCUACACUCUUCUUCCACCUAGCUAAGAUAUGAAAUUUUCUCUACAAUUUUGUACUUAUUGAUAUUAAAGUGAUAAUAUUUUUUGAUAUUUAAUAAAUGACACCAUAUUACUUAGUCAAAAUAACGUGUCACAAACAUCUUGUGUGAUUUAAGUUGUCUGUGUAGAUAUCUUUAAUAAUAUUAUCUAUGUACUUUUAGAGUCACAAAUAAUAACAUUAGAUACUUAAAAAAAAGUACAAUGUCUAUGCUGUACUUUCCGUUCAUGAUAGGGUGUUUUUUUUUUUUAAUUUAUAAGAUUAUUGUGAUAGAUAAAAAUAACAGCGGUUUAUUAAAAGGUUUCAGUAUAUCCUAAAUGUCGAUAAAUACCUCGUUGUAUUAUUGUUUAGGUAUGCCUUGAAUCGACCGUAGUAGGUUUGCUCAAUUACAAGGUUUUAUAGGUUUUGUUUUGUACAUAUAAAAAUUACAUCACCAUUUACUAUCUUACUGUAGUUAAAAUGAUAAAAUCGUUUGUGGAAAUAUGUAAGUAGAUAGGUACUAUUUUAGUCUUCCAUUUUAUGGAAAGUGGUGAAAGGCGAUUGAUCACGAAGUGAUUGUGAUAAAAUAAAUUGAAAAUUGUGUGAAUCGGCAAAUAACUUGAUUUCUAAAGAAUAAAAAUAUAUUAAAUACAUACUUUCAUAUACUGAUUUACCGGUAUUUUUUUCGUAGCGUUACCAAAGUAGCGUUACAUACUAUCCCCACAUCCAUUAACAUUAUAUGAGUACCCUAAAUACCGAUAAAAGUAACACUACUUAUACCGGUAUUAAUACACCAAUCUCUAUGCAAUGAUGCUCUAACUUGAUAAUUUCAUUGAUUUGUUACUUAAGUAACAAAUUCCAGUAGUAAGUAUAAACUUAUUCAAUUAUUCGAUGAAUACUUACUUCUAUAGUUCAAUAUAAUAAUACCUAAUAAUUAUAAUUGUUCAAUUUAUUUGCCGAUUAACCUGUAUUUACUGUAUUUAAGGAUCUUUAGGUAGGUAUGUAGAUUAAUAUGAUGAGUUUUUUUUGUACUUUAUCUAUACUAACUCAGUAGUAUUCUAAAGUCUGAAUGUCUUCAACAGAUUAUUCUAUAAGUAGGUAACAUUUUAACUAAUUUUAGUUGCUCUACGUCAAGAUAAAAAAUAUUACUUACUAAAUAAGUACCUACCUAAAGAUUUUAUACUUACCGAUUUCUGUAAACUUUUAUAAUUGUAGACUUAGUUAAAGGAAACUUUUGUAUUUAAAGGUUAGAAAAUAUUCGGGAAAUUGAGAUUAAAAUAAUUCAACGAAAUAAACGUACUUUGCAAAAUCA